UAGCAUCAGGAAACGACAGGCCUGAUAAAAGGAGAUACAGGUCAAUUUUGACUUAUUUUUGGGAAGUCCAAAAUUGUCAGAAUGGUCAGAUGAGAGUCAAUUAUAUCUUUCCAAACCCUGUAGAAUUAAUUAUUCAAGGUGUGACGGAGAACCCACGAGCUGGAGCACACUAUUGUCCUCCAUUGAUUGUUCUGUGCUCAAUAGAAAAAGUGUAGAAAUACCAAAACAAAGCUAUGGGGCGAUUCAGCAAAAUGGUGUGGAUUGGCUGUUUUUCCAUAUUAUGUGCUUUACUACUGGUACAUUGUUUUGUGAACAUGAGUAUCUAUGCUGAAAUACACGGUGACACCGAUACUGGUAGAUUGCCGAAAGAUCCACGAACUGAAGAGAAAUCGCACAAUAUGAGUUUUGCUGCCAAAGGAGACGAAGCAAAAUAUAGGAUCCUUUGUUGGAUAUUGACAGACCCAGAUGAUUUGGACAAUAGAACGAUUCAUGUCAAAAAUACAUGGACACAAAAGUGUGAUAUUCGCUUAUUCAUGAGCUCCAAAGAGAACAAAAGCUUUCCUACGAUUGGACUAAAUGUUAGCAGCGGCAGAGAGCAUAUUUCAGCUAAGUCAAAAGCGGCUUGGACGUACGUCCACAACAAUUUUGCCGAGCAAGCAGAAUAUUUCAUUAAAGCUGAUCCAGAUACUUAUGUAAUCGUAGAAAACUUACGAAAGUACCUUUCUCAUCGCGAUCCAACAGUAGCGGAAUAUAUCGGCCAUACUUUGAAAUUAAAACGGCACAACUUCACGUACAUGAGCGGAGGAUCGGGAAUUGUACUUUCCAGAGAAGCUCUUCGACUUCUAGUCACAAAAGCUUUCCCACUACGACCCACCUGUAUUCCUGACGGUGAAGGCGAGGACUGGAAGACUGCUCAGUGCCUUUCCAUGGUUGGAGCUAAAGCUGUCAAUACCAGUGAUGAAUUUGGUAGAGAGAGGUUUUUACUCUAUAGACCGGAAAUACACAUCCUGGGCCUCUACCCGCCGUGGUUUUAUGAGAAAGAUCAGAACAACGCUAGACGGGGAAUAAACUGCUGUAGUGACUUUCCUAUAGCAUUCCACUACAUAAACCCCUUGGAGAUGUAUGUGUUCGACUAUCUUUUGAACCGUGUACAAGUCAUGAGGACGAACUAGGAUAGGUGACGAUUAUUACAAACUGAAAAGUGCAUGCCGUCGGUAAUUUUGAUGAUUUCUUCGUUUGAUUUUUCUUUUUUUAUUCGGAUCAGUUUCUGAUAGUUUUUCUGUGGCCGUUUUAAAUGUUUGGUUUCUUGCAAACUUGGAGCAGCUUUUAUGGAAAUCACUUUUUCCGUGUCUCUGUCGUGGUAAUUCAGACAAGAUUUCUUUUGUAUCUAGAAAGGCAGUCAGAGAGCGCGGACCGACGCAAAAGCCAAUGAUGAAGAAUGCUUUAAAAUUCUUGUAACCAGUGGGUGAUGUGGAUCACUUCUCACCACCAUAUUCUAAUCACUUAGAAGCCCAUUCGUGACAUAUCCAGUAAAUUCCAUCAAAAUCCAUGUAAAAUUUAUCGAGUUAUCCUGGUGACAAACAAACACAAACGCCGCCAAAGGCAUUUGUCAAUUAUCCCAGUUUUGGCUCAGUAAAUCCCCGAGACGACCCCACCCAAAGUCAUUAUUUGCAAAAUAUUGUCAAAAUGAAUACAACAGAAAAGCAACCGCCAGACGGCGGCAACAGGCGACGGCUGCGACUUCAACGCACCCAAAGUUUUUAUUUUCACCUAAUUGGAAAGAGGGUCGGGUUUACAGGUGCUUACUAGAUGCAGAAGUAUCUUAGUUCCGCGUCGAAUGGUAAUUCCAAUACGAAUGAUCCUUUGAACGUUCCAGGAGGCUUUAUGGCAUCAGGAUCAUCUCACUGAUUAUUUACAAAUUAUGCAUAAAGGUUUUGAUUGCAUUUAAUUUUGGGGUACAUAAACGAAAGCUUGGUGAUGCUGGAAUAUACAUGUAGGGAAUAUCGUUUACUGGAUAAUACGCCGCAAAAUCUUACAUGAAUGUAAAAAAAGCAAACAACUCAAAUGUUUCUGUAAGUUUCAAGUAUAUGCUUUUUGCCAUUUGAAUACUUUUAGCGGAAACUUUGAAAUUCUCUGCAUUGCCAAGAUCAUGAUUUCUUCAAAGAAAUAGUUUUAAUGUUAUAACUGUUGCAACAUAAUACAAGCAUGAGACCGGGGAGGCCCCCCUCUCUCUCAGCGGAUUCCGAAAGUUAACAUAAAAACUGAUAAUUUUCAAUUCUUGCUUUUGAUAAAAAGUGAAUACUACAAGCUCAUUUUUUGCCACAAAUAGCUCAUUUUCUUAAAUGAUUCCAUUAGAACCAUCUGAGAUAGCUGAAUUUGGAGUAGUGAUGUCAGAAAUGAUCGAGUACGGUGCAGCAAACGACUAAAACUUUCUUUGCGGUUAUUUCCCCAUUUAUAUUCUCUUUAAU